UCAAACGCCAUGAUCGAGAUCGAUCGAUCUGGCGUGGAGCUCAGUUCGGCGGUGGACAACCAGGACGUGGUGCUGGCGCUGCGGGUGGUGUCCCCGAAGAUGGAGUUGGACGACCUGACCAGCAUCAUGAGGGAGGUCGAGGGGGGAAAGGACGGACCCGCUCCCACCUCAACUCAGUUCUCGACUCGAGAAACGGAGGUCAGCGAGACUUCACAUUCAGAUCUGCUAGGAUGUGAGCAUGACAUGUCCCUGGUGAAGCAAGAGGGAUGCUGGUCGAGGGUGAAGCCUUACGUCGGGUCCGGUGCCCUUGUCGCUGUUGGCUACAUGGAUCCCGGGAACUGGGCGACAGAUCUGCAAGCAGGGUCAGCGUACAACUACCAGCUCUUGUUUGUUGUCUUGCUGUCUUCGAUCAUCGCCAUGUUUGUGCAGACGCUCUCGUUGAGGUUGGGACUGGUGACGAAGCUUGACUUGGCUCAGGCUUGUCGGCUGAGAUACUCCAAGUGGACCUACAGGUUCCUGUGGGUCACGGCCCAACUUGCCGUCUGUGCGUGCGACCUUGCGGAGGUGAUCGGGUCAGCGAUCGCGUUCAACCUUCUCUUCGGGAUCCCCCUCAUAUGGGGAGUCGUCAUCACCGCCUUCGACGUCCUUGUCCUCCUCGUCAUAGGGGAGAACCGCAUGCGUAUCAUCGAGGUCCUCAUCGUCGCCAUGAUCACCACCAUCUGCGUCUGCUUCGCUGUCGAGCUUGCCUUCGCCCGCCCCGACGGAAUCGAGAUGCUCAAGGGAUGUUUCGUGCCGUCGGCGAGCCUCAUCACCAACCCUGGCAUGCUCUUCGUCGGCGUCGGCAUCCUUGGAGCGACGGUGAUGCCGCAGAAUCUGUACCUGCACAGCAGCCUCGUGCAGGUGCGAGACAAGUCAAAAUCGUCUUCUGCCAUCGCCAAGGCCGUCCUGUACUCCACCAUGGACUGCAACCUGUCUCUCGUCCUCGCCUUCUUCGUCAACGCCGCCAUCCUCGUCGUGUCGGCGGCGACCUUCUACCGGUCGGGGCACAACGACGUGGCCGACAUUGGGCAGGCGUCGGAGCUGCUGUCUCGCGUGCUGGGCUCGAAGCUGUCCUCCAUCCUCUUCGGAUGCGCUUUGCUUGCAAGCGGACAACAAAGUACGAUCACGGGGACGCUUGCGGGGCAAGUGGUGAUGGAGGGAUUCUUGAACAAGAAGGUCAAGGGCUACAUCUUGAGGAUUGGGACUCGUCUAGUUGCCAUCCUGCCGGCGCUCAUUAUGCUGCUCGCGACGGGCGAUGGAGGAGUGAACAACUUGUUGAUCAUCAGCCAGAUCGUUCUCUCCCUGCAGCUGCCCUUCGCCGUGGUUCCGCUCGUCAUGUUCACUGGCAACAAGCAGCUGAUGGGCGAGUACGCGAACUCGAAGGUCACACAAGUCAUCGCAUGGCUGGUCGCGCUCAUUAUCAUAGCUCUCAACGGGACUUUGGUGGUGCAGUCAUUUCAAGGUUCAAGAUAGAUAUUAUUUUUUCCAGAUUCAAACUCAUUCACCGCUCAUUGUUGGUGAUGUUAAUGUGGCAUGUGAAAGUUUUCACUCUCGA